AUGGUGUCCACAUUGUGCAAAAUGUUUUAAACUUAAUAUUGGUAUUGCUAAAGAAAUUGCAUUUAAAAAAGGUGGUAUUUGUCUUUUUGAAAAAUAUAUAAAUAGCUAUACACCACUUUUCUGGCAAUGUGCAAAAAAACAUGAAUGGCAAGCUCCUUUAGAAAGAAUAAGGAAUCAUAAUUCUUGGUGUCCUAAAUGUGUAGUAGAUACUCGAAGAGUUGGUUUAGAUUUAGCUAAAAAUAUAGCUCGAUCUAAGAAUGGCGAAUGUUUAUCAGAUAAGUAUAUUAAUAUUCAUACUCUAUUGCAAUGGAGAUGUCAUCAAGGACAUAUUUGGCAUGCAGUUUUAAAUACAAUAAAAAAUCAAAAUUCAUGGUGUCCUCAAUGUGCAGGAUGUUCUAAACUUAAUAUUAAUAUUGCUAAAGAAAUUGCUCUUAAAAAAGGUGGAAAAUGUUUAUCAGAAAAAUAUAUUGAUAUAAAUUCUUCGCUUUUAUGGGAAUGUAAUGCAAAACUCUCUGUUGAAGAAGCUAGAAAAAUUGCGACUAAAAAUAAAGGAUUAUGUCUUUCUGAAAUGUAUACUGGUGCGUAUACAAAAUUAAAAUGGCAGUGUGAAAAAAAGCAUGAAUGGUAUGCAACUCUGGAUAAAGUAAAAAAUUUAGAUCUUUGCAAGAAAAUAGCAACGAAAUUAUUAGGCCCACCAUCUGAUAUUCGCAGACCAGAUUUCUUAAAAACACCUGAUCACCCAUUAGGACUUGAGCUUGAUAUAUACUAUCCACAAUAUGGUUUUGCUAUCGAAGUUCAAGAUCAGCUAAAAAAAGAACUUUGCAAUAAAAAUAAAAUAGUACUCAUUGAAAUAUGGUAUUAUGAAAACCUAUAUUUAGUAAUUUUUCAACAAUUUCAAAAAUUAGGCCUUAUUCAUCCUAAUACAGAAUUACCUCCUCAGUGGGUACUUACAA